AUGUUGAUGAAAAUAUUGCUGGGCUCAGGGCUGUUACUGCCGACUUUUGCGCAACAUGUUAUUGAUCUGACUGGGAAUGACUGGACGGUGAAGAAUGCAGAAGGUAAUGUGUCGGCGCCUGCAUCUUUGCCAUCGCAGGUUCAUUUGGACUUGUUCGCUGCUGGAGCCAUUCAUACGCUGGCACAAAUGAAAUCGAUCUUCGGUGGAUCGCCUGGUCUAACUGGACAUAUACCAGUCCGCCAGUCAAGGGCCUGUAUAAUCGACGGCGCUUCGAGUUCCUGGCUUGUAUUCAACGGUCUGGACACAUUCGCUACGAUCGAGCUAUGCAAUCAGACCGUAGGCACGGCAAACAAUCAGUUUCGUCAGUGGAAGUUCGAUGUAUCGCAUGCGUUAAAGUCAUGCAAAGGUCACCCGGUCAUUAGUAUCAGCUUUAGUAGUGCGCCGAAGAUUGCGAACGCUAUCGCCAAUGAGCCAGGCCAAGAAACCUGGCCGGCUGGAGUCCAAGGUGUCUUCGAAUUCGAGAAUAGAUGGUUCAUUCGAAAGGAGCAAUCUGAUUUUGGGUGGGAUUGGGGUCCAGCUUUCUCACCAACAGGGCCGUGGCAGCCGGCUUACUUGGUUCAAUUCAAACCUGAUAAUGGCGUCUACGUGCUAAAUACGGAUAUUGACAUCCACCGAGAAGGACAGGUUAAUUGGCUGCCUCCAGACCAAAGCAAGCCGUGGGUUGUCAAUGCAAGCAUAGACUAUUUGGGUACUCUGCCAAAAGGGGUCUCGUUGACUGUUGAGAUUAAGGAUUCUCAGAAUAAGACAACAAUUGCUUCUGGUUCGUUGACAAAUUUGACAAUUUCUGGGAAUAGUAUAUCCGGAAUCACCACCGUGGGUGGCGACGUGCCCAAACUAUGGUGGCCGACUAACAUGGGGGAGCAAAAUCUCUAUUAUAUCACUAUCAACGUCGUCGACGGCAGUAACAAAACACUGGCCACAGUAACCAAAAGAACUGGAUUCAGAACAAUCGUCCUCAAUCAGACUAAUAUCACUGACGCUCAAAUUGCACUAGGGAUCGCACCAGGAGCAAACUGGCAUUUUGAAAUAAAUGGUCACGAAUUUUAUGCUAAGGGUUCAAAUUUCAUUCCACCAGAUGCAUUUUGGCCGCGCGUCACUGAGGAUCGCAUGAAAAGAUUGUUUGACUCUAUCGUCAAGGGAAAUCAGAAUAUGCUUAGAGUAUGGGCAUCGGGUGCCUAUCUUCCGGAAUUUAUAUACGAUAUCGCGGAUGAAAAAGGGGUCCUUCUGUGGAGCGAAUUCGAGUUCAGUGAUGCACUUUACCCUGUGAAUCAGGCCUUUCUUGACAACGUCGUAGAAGAAGUCACCUACAAUGUUCGUCGAGUGAACCACCAUCCUUCAUUAGCUCUCUGGUCUGGCGGCAAUGAGUUGGAAAGUCUUGAAUUACAAGAAGUAUAUCAAAAUGAUCCCGCAGAAUACCCUCGAUAUGUCGGCGAGUACGAAAAAUUGUUUAUCAGUUUGAUCUUUCCGUUGGUCUAUGACAACAGUCGUUCGAUCAGUUACACGCCAACAUCAACGGGGAAUGGGUAUACAAAGAUCGAUUUCUCAUUACCAGUUCCCAUGGUAGAACGGUACCAGAACGUGACGCCUGGCGAGUAUUACGGUGAUAGCGAUUAUUACAACUACAUCAGCGCUGAAGCAUUUGAUAUGAGCCAUUAUCCCGUUGAUCGAUUCGCGAAUGAGUUUGGGUUUCACAGUAUGCCCAGUCUGCAAACAUGGCGACAAGCCGUUUCCGAUGAGGACCUGAUCUUCAACAGUUCUGUGAUCCUACAUAGAAAUCAUCAUUAUCCUCCCGGAGGACUGUCAACAGACACGACACGGAGUGCUGCAGGGAUGGGUGAAAUGACCAUUGCCGUGGAACUGUAUUAUCCGAUUCCAUUAAAGUUAGACCCGAUUGUCAACUUUAGCGCUUGGUGUCUCGCAACACAGCGUUUUCAGGCUGAUAUGUACAAAUCUGAGAUUCAGUUCUACCGGCGCGGUAGUGGACGUCCUGAGCGGCAGUUGGGUUCGUUGUAUUGGCAAUUAGAGGAUAUUUGGCAGGCGCCUACGUGGGCUGGUAUUGAGUAUGGUGGUCGAUGGAAGGUGUUGCAUUAUGUGGCUAAGAAUAUAUAUGAUCCCGUCAUCGUCGCGCCGUAUUGGGACUCUUCGACUGGGGACUUGAACGUUACAGUUACCUCUGAUCUUUGGGAAUCUGUAUCUGGGAUUGUGAAUAUGACAUGGUAUGACUUCAAGGGAAAGCCAUUGGAAAAGAAUGCAGGGGUGCCUUCUUCUGUUGCAUUUGAUGUCGGGCCACUAAAUAUCACUGAUGUUCUGACAACAAAUAUCAAGAAUUUAUCAAUUCCAACCCUCAAGGAUGCAGUGCUGGUACUUUCGCUUUCUGCUACAGGCCGCCUACCAAACAGCAACACAAAAGCACAAUUCUCGCACGAGAAUUACUUUACACCCGUUUUCAUGAAUGAGGCCCAGCUGGUCGAUCCGGAACUCAAGCUGUCAUAUAAUAAAUCCACAGGAAAGUUUACAGUUGAAGCUACAAAUGGCGUAUCACUGUAUACAUGGCUGGACUAUCCUGCCGGUAUAGUUGGAUACUUUGAUAAGAAUUCAUUUGUUUUGGUUCCUGGACAUCCCAAGGAAGUCGGUUUUACAGUGCAAGAGGGCUCGUUGACGGAAAAGGUGGUGAAGGAGAUUACGGUGCAAAGCAUUUGGGAUCAAGCCAAGAAAGAUUGA